AUGGCUCGAAUUCCCGUUCUACAGAACAACUGUAUGAAGAAGUUCUACGAAACAACCGAAAGAGCGAAUUAUAUGCCUACCGACCAGCUAGCAUACAUCUGGCAGCAUACUAAUGAGACCAGUUUGCUUCGGAAAGCAAUGAUUGAUAUGUUGACGUGGGAGUGGGAUACCAGCGUCUUUCUCUCUCAACGCGAUAGCAUACCAAAUGUCGUGAAAGAUGAGGCUCUCGUUGCAAUGAGGCUGUGUAUCAAAAGGAUACUUCCCUUGACUACGGUUCGCGGUCCUCUCGAAAAUCUUACAAAUUAUUAUGUAAAGGUGGGAGAUGAAUCUACUUAG